CACCAUGUCAUCAUAUCAGAAGGAAUUGGAGAAAUACAGAGACAUAGAUGAAGAUGAGAUCCUAAGGACCUUGAGCCCAGAGGAGCUGGAACAGCUGGACUGUGAGCUACAAGAAAUGGACCCUGAGGUAGGGGCGCUAGCACAGUGACUGGAGCAUCCCUACAUAUGCGGGAAGGAAUGGGUGCUGGGUGGUGGCUGAGAUCAGGGCCUGAGCUAAGGAACCAGCACUGGGGUCAGGACAUCUGCACAUGCAGGAAGGAUAGUGGAUGCUGGGUGGCUGAGACCAGGGCCUGAGCUAGGGAACCAGCACUAGGGUCAGGGCAUCCCACACAUGCGGGAAGGAGUGGAUGCUGGGUGGCUGAGAUCAGGGCCUGAGGUAAGGAACCAGCACUGGGGUCAGGACAUCUGCACAUGCGGGAAGGAUAGUGGAUGCUGGGUGGCUGAGACUAGGGCUACCAAUAGGACCUGGAAUCCUAGAAAGGCCAGAGAAAAGAUGUCUGGAGAGCGCCUGAUUUGUUCCCCAAAACUCAUCCCUAAGAAUAUGCUCCUGCCAGCUGGACUGAGACAACGUGACCAGACAAAGAAGAGUCCAACAGGGCCACUAGACCGAGAUGCCCUGUUGCAGUACCUGGAACAACAGGCACUGGAAGUCAAGGAGCGUGAUGACCUGGUGCCCUUCACUGGCGAGAAGAAGGGGAAACCCUAUAUUCAGCCCAAGAGAGAAAUCCCAGCAGAGGAACAGAUCACGCUGGAGCCCGAGCUGGAGGAGGCACUGUCCCAUGCCACAGAUGCUGAGAUGUGUGACAUCGCAGCCAUCCUGGGCAUGUACACACUGAUGAGCAACAAGCAAUACUAUGAUGCCAUCUGCAGCGGGGAGAUCUGUAACACCGAAGGCAUUAGCAGUGUGGUACAGCCUGACAAGUAUAAGCCAGUACCAGAUGAACCCCCAAAUCCCACAAACAUUGAGGAGAUGCUAACGAGAGUGCGAAGUAAUGACAAAGAGCUGGAGGAAGUGAACCUCAAUAACAUGCAGGACAUCCCGAUACCCGUGCUCAGUGAGUUAUGUGAAGCGAUGAAGACUAACACCUAUGUCCGGAGCUUCAGUCUGGUGGCCACAAAGAGUGGUGACCCCAUCGCCAAUGCGGUAGCUGACAUGUUGCGUGAGAACCGUAGUCUCCAGAGCCUGAACAUUGAAUCCAACUUCAUCAGCAGCACAGGGCUCAUGGCUGUGCUGAAGGCAGUUCGGGAGAAUGCCACUCUUACCGAGCUUCGUGUAGACAACCAGCGCCAGUGGCCUGGAGAUGCAGUGGAGAUGGAAAUGGCCACUGUGUUGGAGCAGUGUCCCUCCAUUGUGCGCUUCGGGUACCACUUUACACAACAAGGACCACGAGCUCGGGCGGCCCAGGCCAUGACCCGGAACAAUGAGCUGCGUCGCCAGCAAAAGAAGAGAUAGCGCCACCCUUCCUUUUGCUAACAAGAGAUGAGAGCCCUGGACACAUAAGUCCUCAUCUCUCU